AUGUACUCUGGGAUGAACGGCUCGAUCAUGCCAUCGGCCGGCCACUACAGCGACAUGCAAACACUCAUGCAGAACAUGGAGUCACUCAGCGGAUGGCUCGAACAGAACAGACAGGAAUGGGCACAGGUUCAGGAAGGGAUCGCACGAGUUGAAAGAAUACAAGGUAGACUAGCUCAGCAGGGCCAGUUGCCUUUACUCAAUGGAGAUACCCAGCCCGUCGAAGAACCCGCACAACCCACCAUCUCCCAACUCCAAACCGCCCUCGCGACCGCCAACAACCGCCUCGCCUCCUUCGAACGCACCUACCAAGAACAAAUCCGCCUCCAACAACUGUACGAAGACACCCUCUCCGACACGACCGACCGCAUCCGGCAAUACUGCUUCGAGCAGCAAAACCACAUCAUCGCCGUACACCAACACUACACGCAGCUCCUCUCCCAAGCACGCAGCGAGACAAUCGAGGCGCAGCUGACGCAUCAGGCGUGGCAGUCUAGUCUGCAGCGGUUGAGCGAGGGCGUGAGGUCUGCGUUGAAGAGCAGAGAGGAGGAGGGCCUGCCUUACAAGAGGAGGAUUGCGGCGCUGAAGGAGGAGAAUCGGAUACUGAGGGCGAAGGUCGGAUGGGAUCCGCCGGCUGAGAGUGAGGAUGAGGAGGAGGGUGCUGGUGCUGGUUUGGAUGAGGGGAGGGGACGGGUUAGUCAGGGUGGGAUGCAUGGUCAGGAGUGA